AGCAGGGGAUCUGGAUUCUGGAACUGGAAGUUCAGUGAUUUUAUCUAGCCUAGUUAGUUGAAUAUUUUUUCUGCCAUUUUAUACUAAUUAAUGCUGAAAUGGUUUACCUCAGUACAGUCAGAUUAAUUCGGGCUAGAGGUCCACCCAAAUAUUGGAAAAAGAAGUUUGUUUUCGACCAGACAAGUCAUUUCUUCGGUCGGCGACGGAACUGCUACAGUAUUGCUAUUCGUGCGCUUCACAAAGCAUGGAGGAGUGCAUACAUUGGGAGAAAGAUCAAGAAAAGGGAAAUAAGAAGGCUAUGGAUUCAGCGAAUCAGCUCUGGAGUGAUGGAGCAUGGUAUGAGAUACAGUCCUUUCAUUGGCAAUCUAACGAAGUACAACAUACAACUAGACCGAAAGAUGCUGGCCAACCUCGCAAUUACAGAACCUAAGACAUUCAAGUGUCUGGCCGAGCUCGCCAAGACCAAGCACGAAGAGGGUCUACUGGCCGCAGUCCAAGCCUACCCAGACAGGGUGCUGCUGAGGCAGACCUCCCAGGACGACCUGCUGGAGUCCGUCAAGAAACUCAGGCUGAGCACCGAGGAGAAGACAUCCAGCUCCAACCAAUUGACAUGACGAACUCAAAAAUAGAUUCACUUGUACAUAUUAAUACUCCGUUUUGUAUUUUAAGAAGUGCUGUAUUAGGUGUAUGAAAGCGAAAUUUGAAACUAACAACCAUUAUGAACUUGAAGACUGUCGGGUGUGGUUGCAAUUAAAAGGAUGAUUCUUGCAUGAUUUUUUUUACCAGGUUCCCAUGUUGCACAUCCCAUAGGUUGAUUCUUUCUGGUUUUUUUCAAAUUAAAUCAGAAGAUCAAUAAAGAUGACUGUUUUUAAAUCAAUGCUACACAUCCCCUUUCCCCUUUUAAACGAGUUGUGAAAUGUGAACGAGACAAGACAUCUGGUUUAAGAAACCUCCAUCAUUGUCCAUUGUCAAAUGAGGUCCAGCCCCCCCCCCCUUUCAAUUUACUAAGGCCUUCCCUCCCCCCCCCCCUUUCAUUUUACAAAGGCGGGCUUUUUACUGUUGGCUUAAUGAUAUUAACAUUAGAAUGAAAGUAUAUUUCAUUUAAUGAUUUCUUUACAACAAUAUGGUUGGACUGUGCACAGUAGCAGAGCUACUUUUAAUGGAUGUAGAACCCUUUCCACUUUUUUCUUUCAUUGAUUCUUGCAUUAAUUUUUUUCCAGAUCUAUAUGCACUUAUGGGUUUUGUGCAUUGAAUGUGAACUUGACUCACCCCACUCCAGCAGUUGUGGAUUGUGUGUGCAAAUAAAAGAAUUCUUCUUUUGUUUUGCAGCCAUA